UGGGCUUCCCUUGAUUAGUCUGUGGACUUCCCAUAGAAGACAUUUAGAUGAUCUGCUUCAAAGGAGAAGGUUCAUUUUAGAAGUCAAGAUACUCAAGCAUGGCCUUUGAAGAACAGUAAUUUCUGAGAGACCUUAAUUUCCAAAUCAAAAUUUGGAAGAAGAUUCAUCUCACUCAUCAUGGAUGCCUUUGGCCUUGUCCCUAUGCUAACUUUGCUUCAUAUUGUGCCCCAAGUAUACUCAUCUGCAGAGCUUCUAACUCGACCCACACUUUCUGUGGAGCCUGUGUACCAGGAAUAUUAUGAAGGAGAUGAAAUCAGGUUGAUCUGCUCAGCUGUUCGGAACUUGACCGUGCUGCGAAACUCGAUGGUGCAAGGUUACCGAUUCUUCCAAGAAGAUGGGCAACAGAUUCAUCAAACGGCCCCUAACGCUUACAGAGAUGGCAUAAUGGAUAUUCAGACACAGAUGAAUAGCACCGGAAAUUACAGCUGUGCAUAUUGGCUGGAAGAAGCAGGCAGGGAGGUUCAGUCGGAUCAAAGUCUCACCACCAGCAUCCAAGUGAAUGCAGCCCCAUCAGCUCCAUCUCUGAAUUACAGGAUUUUCAACCAUGGAAAGAACAUCACCCUGGAAUGCUCAGCUCCACCUGAAGCUAAUAAAAUUGAGCAGUUUCGCUUCAUUGGAGACAAAAUGGUUGUCUUGGUCAAGGCUGAAGUCAAUAGCACAUACAGUCUAAAUGAUGCAAAAGACAAGUAUGUAGGGACCGUUUGGUGUGCCUAUGCUCAGCAUCUCCAUGGAAGAAACGUUCUUUCCAGGAUCAGCAAUCCAGUUUUCCUCGAAAGGCUAGGCGUCAGAUGGGUUCGAUUGUUGGCUGUCGGUGGGAGUUUCUUCACCAUCAAUGGUCUCAUCUUCUUAACCUCCUAUUGUAUUUCUUUAAGAAGCAGAUCUCCUCUUCAGAAGACUUAAAGAACAUCUGACCAUUGUCUACCACAUCAGCUUCUAUUUGGUUGAAGUGUUGUUGAAUUGAUGGUCUUCCUCAGGUGCUUCAGCCAAUGUAUCAGACAAAAUACAAUGCCUUUCACCUUUCAAUUACCCCCCCCCACAAAAAAAAAACUGAGAUAUUUUUGCAUCCCUGCCUUUUCAGCUGAGAUUAUCCUGCAGUUCGGUGUUUCUCAAAAACCUAUGAAAAAUCUCAGCAAGAAGUUUGGACUUUUGCAAAUUCCUGCUGCAGUUGCUCUUGUGGCUGUUACUUCUGCUGCUGUUUUUAAAUAAACCAGGGUUUUCCCAUGUCAA